GAGAAAUAAGAAAAAGGAAACGACAUUUCCGCGAAGAGAAGGCUGAAAGAAAAUGGCGAGUCAAAAAAUAAUGAAAAGAAAGGGGAGAAAAUCAAUGAGAAGUGACCCAGAUAAAGAAAGAAAGAGAGAAGGAAAACAACCAAGAAGGCCUAGAUUGAUUUUCUUUCCUGCCAAACAAGAAAAUAAUUAAUAAGAGAAAGAAAGAGAGAGACUUUCUUUUUAUCAUCAUCAUCUUCAUCACCGUCACCUUCAAUUUUGUCGUCAAACAACACUCCCAGAAAACGAGCUAAACACAAGUAAAGAAAGAGAGAGAUUGAUGGCUCUUGCUAUGGGGAUGGGUUUGGGUUCGUCUUCUUCGGCAACAGUAGCCGUUGAUAAAGCAACAAGCGAUCUUUUAAUCGGUCCUGAUUGGACCAUGAAUAUUGAUAUUUGUGACUCCGUUAAUUCUCAUCACUGGCAAGCCAAAGAUGUAGUGAAAGCUUUGAAGAAAAGGUUGCAGCACAAGAGCCCUAAAGUCCAACUACUCGCUUUGACGCUUUUGGAGACAAUGGUGAAGAACUGUGGUGAUUAUGUCCAUUUUCAAAUUGCUGAAAAGAAUGUAUUGGGGGAAAUGGUGAAAAUCAUAAAGAAGAAGACAGAUAUGCAUGUGAGAGAUAAGAUUCUGGCUUUGCUUGAUUCGUGGCAAGAGGCAUUUGGUGGGCCUGGAGGAAAACAUCCUCAGUAUUAUUGGGCAUAUGAGGAAUUAAGGCGUGCUGGAGUUGAAUUUCCCCAGCGAUCAUUAGAUGCAGCUCCAAUAUUUACACCACCGGCAACCAAUCCAACAUUGAGGCUUACCCAACCUGGUUAUGGAAUGCCUAGCAAUUCUUCUAGAAGACUUGAUGAAACAAUGGCUGCAGAGAUUGAAUGCUUAAGUUUGUCAGGCUUGGAUUCCAUGUGGGAUGUUAUGGAGCUCUUGAAUGAUAUGCUGCAAGCUGUUAACCCUGGAAACCAUGAGGCUAUAAAAGAUGAAGUGAUAGUUGAUCUUGUCGACCGGUGUCGGUCGAACCAGAAAAAGUUGAUGCAGAUGCUAGCUACAACAGGGGACGAGGAACUUCUUGGUAAGGGUCUCGAACUAAAUGACAGUAUGCAAAUCUUGCUUGCAAACCAUGAUGCUAUUGCUUCUGGCUCUCCAAUGCCAACUCAAGUUACAAGCUUAUGCGCCAAACCAAGUGAAGGAUGGUCCUCAGACAUCAAGCCGACUGAAGCAAGGGAUGCCAGCCCAAGAUCUACAACUAAUUCCACCAUACCAGUUCCUAAUGUGUCAAGGAGCGCUAUAGAUGAAGAGGAUGAAGAGGAGGAUGGCUUCGCACAGCUAGCUCGGAGGCAUUCCAAAACACGUUCCAUGUCAUCUCAAAGCUCAUGUGGAACAAACGGGGCUCUUGUGCCAUUGGAUGCUGGCAUGCCCAUUGCAUCAACCUCUUCCCCAUGCAGUGCUCUGGCUCUUCCUGAUCCACCUGCACCAGUAAGAACCAUGAAAGAGCAGGAUAUGAUUGACUUUUUGAGCCUCACCUUGUCAACAUCAACCUCCCCUCACACCCCACCAGUCUCCAAAACCAUGCCUCAAAUACAUGUUUCCUCCAAUACACAAGGUUAUCCGUAUGUUUCUCAAACUUAUCCUGUAAACCAUGGGCCCAUUCCAUACAGCAGCUAUGUCGUUCCAUGGGCCCAGCCUCAAACUCAGCAGCACCAAGUACGACCUCCAUCUCAACCCCAGUUACAGCAUCAAACUCAGCAGCACCAGUUACCACCUCCAUCUCAACCACUGCAACAGUUGCAACCUCAACCCCAGCAGCAAGCGGUGCCUCAGCCUCAGCUGUACUUGCAGCCCCAAUCUCAACCACAAUUACAUCCUCAGUUCCAGUUGCAACAUCCUCGGUACUCGUCUUGCUACCCACCUCCACCCUGGGCAGCUUGCACUGGUAAUCUCAACAACCAAAAUCACAUGUCUCCUACAAAUAAUAUGUUUUCAUCUCCCCGGGCCAACAAAACUGCAUCUUAUACACCGGUGCAAGCUGCUAGACCUGUGCGACAAUUUAACUCAUUUCCCACAAAAGCAGGCAAUGGAUCAACCAUGAAUGGUGAUCCUUGGAUGAGUUCCGCCUCUAGGAUACCUGCAGCUCCAGGACAAAAGCAGUCCUUUGUUCCCCCAUACAGGUUGUUUGAAGAUCUAAAUGUUCUUGGAAAUGCGGAUGGAAGGUAUACAAUGACUAGCAGCAGACCACCAAGCUUGUCAGGAUCAUCUGGCGAAAGUAUGGUCGGUGGGAGGAAGUGAAAUGUUAGUGGGGAAUAGGGUGAACAAACUGGAUAUAUCUUUGUGAAUAUGGCUAAUGCCUGUUGUGUGGUCUUUCAGUUUGGGGUGUGUAAGAAGGUUCAUUUUUAGAUGUAUCGAAGAAGGUUGAGGCGAUAAUAGCUCUGCAUUCCCCCAUUGAUGGGUCGUACAUCCAACUCUUGGGUAGCUUCUGCUGGUUAUCUAAGCACUUGCCUAUGAUUUUUCCCGAUAUAUGAAAUUGAUGUGGGAUUUAGUGGUUUUGAUCUUCAA